AUGGUGAGUAAGGAGCCCAGCAAAUGCUUACUCACCACCUCAGAAAGCGAAGUUGAACCAGCGGCUUCACUCGCACUGGAGAUGAAAUACGCGCUGGAUCCCAACCGGCAGAUCAAGAAACGGAACAAAGCCCUCCAGGUGAGGUUUAAAGAUAUCUGCGAGGCCCAGAACGAGCAGAGGGACAAAGAGCUCUCCACCACACCGGAUCCCGACAAGAGAGAAGCCAAGUCCAUUUCCUACAAAACCUAUCGCAAGUACAUGACGGUGCCUGCCCGGAGGUCGAUACCCAACGUCACCAAGAGCACAGGAGUCCAGACUUCCCCUGAUCUUAAAAAGUGUUACCAGACCUUCCCUCUGGACCGCAAAAAAGGGAAUAUUCUUAAAAGCGCCUCGACCGUCGACACCUUCAAGGGUCAAAACAACGGGUUUCUAAUAGAUGUGAAGGACAAAGACAGCGGGAGCUCAGGGGAGGCCGUUCAGUGGGGCAAGAAGGCUGGGAGCCUGCAGACAGCAGAGUUCAUUUCCCACAUCAACGAGCGCUCCAGCGCGGCAUCGCGCGACAACGGCGCCGAGGCGUGGGAAAGCACUGGUUUGCACAGCUCUCCCACAGGCACGCCACCUCCUCCUCCUCCUCUCCCAAACUCAUCCGACCCCGCUUUGGAGGAUCCCACCACCGCUGCCCGGCCACCCAGCCGAGGGAAACAGGCAGCGGGGAGCGAGGAGGCCACCCAAGCCCUCCACGGGAGGGUCUUCAAGACCGAGGUGGCCGCUGUUUAUUUGCCAGCGCCUGGUUCCAACGCCUCGCAGCCCGACUUGUCACGCCUCACGGCCGAGACCAACUGGUCGCCGUGCCCAGCAGCCGAGGAGGACAAAAGGAGGACGGUGCACCUCAACGGUGCUCAGCCCCAGGCGGCGGGAGAUGCUCGAGCCUGCUCGUCGCGGGCGCAGUGUCAAGCCUCUGAAUGUAAUGAACAGACCCUUCCGCUGAACGUGUCGCCCAUGGAGGAGAACCAGCCCUGCCAGACGGCCGUGGCGGUCAGCGAGGAAUGCCAACAAAUCGUGCCUCACACCGAAGUUGUGGACUUGAAAGCCCAGCUUCAGAUGAUGGAAAGUUUGAUCAGCUCUAGUCAGGAAACCAUCAAAGUGUUGCUGGGUGUUAUACAGGAGCUAGAGAAAGGAGAAGCUCACAGAGAAGGGCUUUCGUAUCGGACUGGUCAGGACACGGCUAAUUGCGACACAUGCAGGAACAGUGCGUGUAUUAUCUACAGCGUGGAACUGGAUUUUAAACAGCAAGAAGAUAAACUACAGCCAGUUCUGAGAAAACUUCAUCCUAUUGAGGAAACUCAGGUUGCACCUUUGCCUUAUUCUCAGGAGAGCUACUCCUCCACUCCCAAGCAAAAAUCCAAAACUGAAUCAAAAAAGCAUGGAAGAUGGAAACUCUGGUUCCUUUAA